AUGGCUGCUGCACGCUCCAUCAUGCGCCUGUCAGGAAUUUCCUGCCGUGUUGCUCCCUCUGUGUCCAGGCCAGCAGCUCGCUUCGCACCCGUUGCCAUCAGAGCUUUCAACAACUCGACACAGCAGCCCAAGAAGUCGGAGGUCAUUAAGGAGACCGAGGUGCCUGUUUCGGUGUAUACACCUGACUCUAAGGGAGUUGCUUCUGGCAACUCGGAUCACUUUAGCAUCCCCGUCAAGGGCAGCAGCAGAGCGGCUGUUGCGCAACCACCCACUACAGAAGAGGAUGCGCCGGUUGUUCCCCUGUCCUCCAAGGUGUACGCGCAAAUGCCCGGCACCAUGCAAAAGAUGUCGGUUUACGGCAAGACCAUCAUCAUUACUGGAGGCGCACGAGGACUAGGCAACUACAUGGCUCGUGCCUGUGCUGAGGCUGGCGCCAAAGCCAUCAUCAUCUUUGAUGCCAACCAGGAGCUCGGCGACGAGUCCGCUGCUGAGCUGCAUCAGAAGACGGGUCUUCCCGUUACCUUCUUCAAGGUCGAUGUGCGUGAUGGAGCAGCCAUCAACGCCGCUGUAGAUCGGGUUGUUGAGCUGUUCGGCGCCCCUGACGUCUUGGUCAACUCGGCCGGUAUUGCCGACUCGAACAUCAAGGCCGAGACGUACGAUCCUGCCAUGUUCCGUCGCCUGAUCGACAUCAACCUUACAGGCUCAUUCUUGAUGUCCCAGGCUGUCGGCCGCGCCAUGAUGGCCGCUGGCAAGCCUGGUUCCAUCAUUUUGGUCGCUUCCAUGUCAGGCAGCAUCGUCAACUACCCGCAGGAGCAGUCAUGUUACAACGCAUCCAAGGCUGGCGUCAUCCAGCUCGGCAAGUCCCUCGCUGCUGAGUGGGCCAAGUACGACAUCCGCGUGAACUGCAUCUCUCCUGGAUACAUGGACACGGCCCUCAACAAGGUUCCCGCCCUAGACGCUCAGAAGAAGAUCUGGAAGUCGCUCACUCCCCAGCAGCGCCUGGGCAAUGUUGACGAUCUCAAUGGUCUCUGCAUCUUUCUCGCUUCGGACUCGAGCGGUUUCAUGACCGGCUCGAAUGUCAUCAUCGAUGGUGGCUACACAUGCUACUAA